AUGCCGUCGUGUUACCCGGAUGGAACAUCUCGAUCUCCUGCGUUUGAUGAUGACGAAGAAGAAAUUGGCCCCGCCUACUAUUCUUCAAUCCGGAACAGAUCUCCGAGUUGUAGCAGGACUCCAAUGACGGAUAUAGAGCAAGAGAGACAUUCACUUGGUCCGUCUGCUGAAAAUGAGAAUCCAGUGACUUCAUUAUGGAGCAGCUCUUUGCCAGAACCACGAAUGUUCAGCAACAUUUUUUUACAACAGCAAGAGCGCGCGUUAUCCGCGGAAUCUGUAGGGCAGACAGAACAGCAGCCCACUCGAAGGCCGGUGUCAGCCCAAGAGGCAGCAAUUACAGUGCCAGCAGAGCCGGAUGAAUCAUUACCUCUUCCUCCCCCACCACAGCCUCCUAGCGUUCCUCCAGUUUCUUUGAAUGACGACCAUGAAACUCCUGACAUCAUAAUGAUUCCGCCACCCCCUCCAGCAAUAUCUCCAGAUGCACAGCCGUCUUCCCAGCCCGGAGCAGACGAUCAAAUCUCUAUUCAAGAUAAGAAUGCAAAAAGACGCCUCACAGGAACAGCUCGAGUAUUCAGUAAAAAGAGUAGACAGGAUGGUCUACUAGAGGCAAAUCCAUCUCCGCCUCGAUCGCCUCGACGGGGAAUUUCGAGAAGUCCCGGUCCACAUGUUCCGAUGAGUCCAUUUUGGAAACGGCCAUCGACGAAAACGCCAGCCCACGAACCAGACUUGGAGAACCACGUAUCUGCAUCUGAUUCACGGACGGAAUUUACUUGCUCAACAUCACUCGAGAUACCUCGUACCCCUGCAUACGGAUCAGCUACACCAUACUCCACGCAGUCACCCAGGUAUUGUUCUGGGUCGCCUACCUAUGGCGAAAGUGCUCUCAGUCUUUAUGGAGGUCGAAGAUCCAGUGCAAGGUGUGCUACCCCAUACUGGAAUGGAGGGCAAUCACCAAUCGAAAGACCGAAUACGCCUUCCUACGCGCGAACUCCAGGUCAAAGUAGUCGCCCUUCAACUCCUCGACCACCUAGUUAUACUGCUUCUACUCCUUGUUACGCAAGAGACGAUCUAGGAGGUGGAAGUCAAGUCACUAGUGGCGGUGGCACAACACAAAGCCGCAACGACGAACGAAGAAUGGACCAGCUGAGUCUAAGGAACCGCACUGGCACACCACCUCCGCCAUACAUGCCGCCAAUGUAUCCUAUGCCACCAAUUCCUCCACCAUUUCCUUAUAUGCCGCCUUUUGGUCAAAAUCCCACGUAUUCAGCGCACAGUCAAAACGGAGUGUAUCCACCCCCACCACCGCCGCCACCACAUUUCGGAGGACCUUAUCCCCUACCACCUGGCUUUGGAGUACCGUAUGCAAUACCACCAUUUGGUAUACCACCACCUGGUUUUCCAUUGCCUGGAACGUCUCCAGCCACGCUGCCAUCUGGAACUAACGAUUAUCGGAUGCUCAGUGCUAGGUUUGUGGUGUUCAAGACAAUCCAGCAACGAAUUCUUUGUUCUGAGGGCACAAAGAGCCUAGCUCAGAAGACACAGUUUCUCGUUGGUUGCAACACAUCCGUCUCCUACGGGACACUUCGAGCAUGGUACUCCCGUCUCAUAAAUAGGCUGACCAAUCACAUUUCCUCUAAAGUCUCUUAUUAUCAUCAAACAAGGGCAGAUGUCUGCAAGGAUCACCAUGAUUGA